AAUGCAAUACAUUUACAAACAUAAUUAUUAUAGAAGUGUUUCUCGGACCAGGUCUGCCUCUCGAUCGCACUUUGUGCCGCUCUGUCGUACCCCAGCACAGGCGAAGCUGGUCCGGGGCCAGAAGACCUCCUUUGCCGAUAAUCUUAAGUAGGGGGGCCAAACACUCGGUUCGGGCCGGUAAUAUCCCUCUUCGCCGAAAAUAUGCACACUACCAAGAAGGCAAAAUAUACAGACAUUUUUUGUGCACAUGAGUGUAUAAAAAAGUAUAACUGUAAUAUGAUGCAAAUAAAAUCAUGCUGGUGGUAACAUCAGAGGAACGCAGCGUGAUCGGGUGACGCAUCGCGGCUGAUUACGGGGACAGGGUUCAGUAAAAGCCGAUUAGGUGGAAUGAGCCGGAUGAGGAGCUCAGAGCAACGGGACGUCAGUGGUCGGCUGACUGUAGUCUGCUCGGUGUUAAGGCUUCACCUUCAAUACCAAUUACCCUGACUCCAUUGCAAAAGACCGGGGGUGAAACACCAUGGCGAAUUCUGAUAAACAUUUUGAUCAAAAUGCUUUUUUAUAUAUUAUUUUUACCACGGACAUGGUAUUUAAAAACAUAGCCUAAAUAAUUUUUCUUCUCAAUCAUUUUUUUUUUCACGGAUACAGGUUCAGGUUCCUGGAGGAAGGAAAACUGGAGGCUAGGAAUUUUUGGAGGGGAAUCCAGCAGCACCUUCUCCACGUGACCAGCUGACGGCCACCCUCAGGGCGCCGGAGGUGGGGCAGGAUGCCACCACUGGCCCCGCUUCUACUGCAGAGCACCGCCAUCCUGGCCAUAUGGAGCGGCCGGCCCACAGGGGGAGCCGGAGAUAUGGGGCUGCAGGAGAGCCCCCCCUGCAGCCAACACGGCAACCGGGUGCUGCCCGGAGGCCAGUGUGGCAUCACGGCCGUGCCGACGCAGUGGGGUGAACGGCGCUGCCCGGACGUGUUCCGGUGCACGGAAGAGGCGCAGCGGUGGCGGCGCGAGAACGAGCAGCGCAAGCAGCAGGUCCUGGCGCUGAAGGAGACCGUCUCGGAGCUGCAGGAAGAGCUGCGGCACCACCGGCACCGCGUCAAGGUGCUGGAGCUGCAGAACGAGGAGAAGAACGGGCUGAACUCCUCGCUGGAACAGCAGCUGCAGGACGCGGAGCGGCAUGGCGCCGAGGCCGGCGGGACGCUGCGGUUGCAGGGCGUCCUCGUCCACGACAUGCAAGUGCAGCUGCACAACCUGGCCACGUUAGUGGAGAAGGCCCGUCGCAACCCAGGCUGCAUGGUCAACGUAGUGCGUGGCAGCGAGUUGCUCAGCGCCCACGAAGCCCUGCACCCAGAUGUCCGGCAGGUGAGGAGCUGCCCCAUGGACUGUGCCUCCGUUUAUCACGACGGCGUCCGCCGCUCGGGGGUCUACACUGUGGUGCCUUCUAUGGGGGCCUGGCCUGUGGAGGUCUUCUGCGACAUGGACACUGCCGGCGGCGGCUGGACCGUGAUCCAGCGGCGGCAGGACGGCGCCGUCAGCUUCCAGCGCGGCUGGCAGGAGUACAAGCUGGGCUUUGGCGACCUGCACUCCGACUUCUGGCUGGGCAACGAGCACAUCCACACGCUGUCCCGGCAAGGGAGCUACACACUGCGGAUCCAGCUGGAGGACUGGAGCAGCGGGCGUAAACACGCCACCUAUGAGAGCUUCAGCCUCGACGGGGAGGAGACCCAGUACCGCCUGCACGUUUCCGGUUUCAGCGGCACGGUGAAGGACUCCUUCGGCUGGUACCACAACAAGCACACCUUCAGCACGCCCGACAUGGGCAACAUUUGUGCCCAGAUCUCACGCGGAGGCUGGUGGUAUCACCGGUGUUUCCUCUCCAACCUCAAUGGUGUCUACUAUAAGGGGGGGGCAUACACCCCCAGGGGCAAGAGGCCCCCGGGCCCAGAUGGCAUCGUCUGGUACAGCUGGAAGGAUUCCGAUUAUUAUUCCCUGAAGAAGGUGAGCAUGAUGAUCCGACCACGGGCGUUCCGGCCCCGCCCAUCACCGUGACGAUGCAGCCGGGGGGGGUCAUUUAAAGAGAGGUGAGGGGACAGGACGCCAUGUUUCCGUCUGGAAAGCCUGGCAGCUCUGCCCACUGCUAUGCUGCAGCCAGAGAGACACCUCUUCAUUUUUAUGUGGUUUUUUCACACUAUGUUUUACUGAUCUGUUAACAUACAUAUAAACAAAUGUCCUGCAUAAGGUACAAUGAUAAAUACUGUGUUUGAUAGCUUUGACAAGAAUCUGGAAAACAUGAAUAGCAGAUUAAGCAAAAAUAUAAUAAAUAAUAUCUUACAAACAAAACUUCACGGGUUAUACAUUCUGUAAUUUUCCUUCUUAUAAAACAGCUGAAUUUGUGAAUUCCUUGACCGUCUGCUAGGCCACUGAUAACUGGUGGGUGGCGGGUCGCUGAGUAUGUGGUUAGAAUUUUUUGCUUUCGUUUUUAAACAGUGCACGACAGCACUGCACCACUGUUACUCAUGUUUUAUUUACCAUUACUGCACUAUUUUUUGUGAAGUAAAUUUCACCACAAAAUGGGUCAUAAGGCUACAGCAGCUGAAAAGCACCGUGAAAUGGACAACAGUAAUAAACAUGCUUCAUUCCAGGUCUCUGACUCACACAAAAAGCCCAUUGUGAUUAAGCUUGUUUACACUGGAGGGAGCUCUGUCUGAGUUCAUUCUUUGCACGUGUGUCAUACUGGACCCAAACAGAGCCGGAUAGAGAGCACCUGCAGGGCCCAGGGCAGCUACCAAAGAAAGAAGCUUCCGCUUCGCAAUUACGAUCCGGGCCGAAUCCUCGGCAUCCUCACGGACGCAGGCUGCUAAGGCUUCAACCGAUUCUACAAAUGGACACUUUGAGGGUUCGAGGGCAAAAAAAGCCAGAAACACAGUAUUUGUUUCUUUUUUUGGCCAUAAACUGCUUAUUUUUCCUCGGAGCUACGCAAAAAUGAAUAACGUGGAUCGGAUUAUAUAUGGUCUGUCGACCUUUCACUGAUGGUUCAUCAUUCUGGUGCGGUGUGCUAUAUGUCUACUGUAAAAAAAAAUAAAAGGGGGAAAAGCGAUAAUUAAUGGCAUAUAACUGAAGUAAUAAAAAUAAAAAAACGUGGGCUUUGGGGGGUGGGGACAGGUAUUAUUUACCCCCCCCCCCCCCCC